AUGUCCCACGAUGCCGGCGCGCAAGUCUGGCAGGCUGCCGCUGCGGCGACGCUUGUGACGGACCUCGCCGUGCACCCUGUCGAGACGCUCAUCACGCGCAUCCAGUCGCCCGCGUACGCGACGCGCUACAAGACGGCGCGUGGCACGCUCCAUCGCAGCUUCUUCGCCGGCCUGUACCAGGGCUUCGGGCCGACGGUCCUCGCCGGCGUGCCGGCGUCGGCAGCCUUCUUCACCGUCUACGAGGGGCUCAAGGCGGCGCUGGUGCCGCGCGAGGGCGAGGCCAAACUCGUGGCGCUGCCCGCGCCGGUGGCGUACGCCGUGAGCAGCGCGGCUGGAGACGUCGUUGCCUGCGCCAUCAUGAACCCGGCCGAAGUGCUCAAGCAGAACGCGCAAAUGUCGUCGUCGUCGUCGUCGCCGGGCGGUGGCCAGGCACGACAGCAGCGGCAGCGGCGGCGUUGGGGCCACACCGUCGGCGUGGCGAGGGAGUUCGCGCGGCACCCGGGCCGGCUGUGGGCCGGGUACACGGCGCUGACGGCGAGCCACCUGCCGGGGACGUGCCUGACGUUUUGCCUAUACGAGCGGCUGAAGGAGGCGCUCGUGGGCGGCGACGAUGACGGGGCCAGCAUCACGCGGCGGGCGUGGCUGAGCGCGGUGAGCGCGGCCCUGGCGGGCGGCGCGACGGCGGCGCUCUUCGUCCCGGUCGACGUCGUCAAGACGCGCAUGAGACUCGCGGCGGGGACCUCGGUGCGCGAGAGGCCGCAGCACCUGGGUGCCGGUGUCGGAACCGGACCGGGACCGCUCGCCGUGGCGAGGCAGGUGGUGAGAGCCGAGGGCACCGCGGGCCUCUUCCGAGGUCUCGGGCUGACGUGCAUCGCGGCGGCCGCGGGGAGCGGGCUGUACCUUGGAUGCUACGAGUGGUGGAAGAUGUACUUUGGGGAGGCGGGCGAGGCCUCGCGGCGAGGGGAAACAGCACUCUAG